CUGGUCCGAAUUCGGUGGCGCCACGUCCGCCCGCCGGAUCUCCGCCUUCUGAGCCGGCCGCGCGCCUCCAGUGGGCACCUACGAGGCGAAGAUGUCGGACAUUGGGGACUGGUUCCGGAGCAUCCCGUCCAUUACGCGUUAUUGGUUCGCCGCCGCCGUCGCGGUGCCCUUGGUCGGAAAACUCGGCCUCGUUAGCCCGGCUUACUUCUUCCUUUGGCCCGAAGCUUUCCUCUAUCGUUUCCAGAUUUGGAGGCCAAUCACUGCCACCUUUUAUUUCCCUGUGGGUCCAGGAACUGGAUUUCUUUAUUUGGUCAAUUUAUAUUUCUUAUAUCAGUAUUCUACACGACUUGAAACAGGAGCUUUCGAUGGGAGACCAGCGGACUAUUUAUUCAUGCUCCUCUUCAACUGGAUUUGCAUUGUGAUAACUGGCUUAGCAAUGGAUAUGCAGUUGCUGAUGAUUCCUCUGAUCAUGUCAGUACUUUAUGUGUGGGCCCAACUGAACAGAGACAUGAUUGUGUCGUUUUGGUUUGGAACACGAUUUAAGGCUUGUUAUUUACCUUGGGUCAUCCUUGGAUUCAACUAUAUCAUUGGAGGAUCGGUGAUCAAUGAACUAAUUGGAAAUCUCGUUGGACAUCUCUAUUUCUUCCUAAUGUUCAGAUACCCAAUGGAUUUGGGAGGAAGAAAUUUUCUGUCAACACCCCAGUUUCUGUACCGCUGGCUGCCUAGCCGGAGAGGAGGGGUGUCAGGAUUUGGUGUUCCCCCUGCGAGCAUGAGACGAGCUGCUGAUCAGAAUGGUGGAGGCGGGAGACAUAACUGGGGACAGGGCUUCCGACUUGGGGACCAGUGAAGGUGCAGCGUCUCGCCUGCCCUUCCAGCCGCUCUGCUCACAUGAAGUUUCCUCCCAGUGCUGGGUGCGCUUAACAGCUGAGUUCUAGCUAGCGCUGUUGGACCUGACCCACACUGAAUGUAGUCUUUGAGUGCAAGACACACUUUUUAAAAGUCCUGAAGAAAAAUAUAAGUGUUCCUCAAGUUUCAUGACUCCCAUCCAACUCCUUACUGCUAUGAAGAACAAAUAUCAGCUGUUUAAAUUGCAGAACUGACUAUAUUUUUUUGGCGUCUUCCUUUUCUGUCUUAAAUAACUGGUCUUGGCAACUCCUGGUGUGUCUGCUGAUAAACAGUGCGGUGUCCAGGGUAGGGCCACUAAAGCUUUCGUGGAAGGGACUCUUCUUUCUUACACACAUGCCUCCUCCCUACCUUUCCUGGCCCCUAGUUUUGCAGCUAGAGGAGGCCCCCAUAAAGUGGCUAUGCCUUUGACAGGCUCUCUUAUUUAUUGACUUUUGCCAAGGCUUCAUCGACAACUGACUCCUGCCAUUCACCUCCUUGGCCAGCAGAACUCUUACAAUAGGGGAGAAGAAUGGAGCAGAUGGUGAAGCGCUUUCUCAGCUUUUGGAACUGCUGGGGCCUGCAUCUGCCCCCUCUUCAGAGGUCUUCGUACACAAACCACCACCUAGUCAGGGUGGUCACAGAUGGGUGUCGGUGGACAGGGCAGUCAAUACAGGCAGUUUCCCCCCUAA